AUGGAGCCCGCGCUUCUCUCCGCCAUCUCCGCCAUCCACGCCGCGCCAGCGCGCGCCGUGCUUGCCGUCACCGGAGGCGCAUCGCAGGCCGUGGGGUGGCUAGUAGCGGUUCCCGGCGCGUCACAGACUGUCCUGGAGGCUGUGCUGCCGUACUCGCAGCGCGCGUUCGACCAAUACGUGGACGCCACGUGGCACGCGCAGGCGCAGGUGCAGUACGUGAGCAGAGCAGCAGCACAGCACCUCGCCUUUGCUUCCUACAACCGAGCACUCUCCCUUGCUCCCAUCGCACAGCCGGUGGUGGGAGUGGGCUGCACGUGCGCAUUGGUGUCUAGUGCUCCUAAGAGGGGCGCGCACAGGUGUCACAUAGCAGCGCGCUCUCAAGGCAUGCUGUGGGAGUACUCUCUGCUCCUCUCCAAGGAGGCACUACGAUCCCGGCAGCAGGAGGAUGACAUGGCAAGUCGCCUCUUGAUCCGGGAGGUGCUUGAGGAGCGUGUGGCGGUUGGUGUCUAUGAUUCCUAUAUGCCGUCCGUUCUGCAAGUGGCGUGUGCUGUUUCUGCCGCCCCUACCUGGGCGAGCAGGUGGGGAGCAGCAGGGGAGGGGCGCAGAGUGGUGCUGUGCGGUUCCUUCAACCCACUGCACCAGGGGCACACUGACUUGAUGGCUGCUGCGCUGCUGGAGGUGCGAGGUGGAGUGCCAUGCUACGAGAUGGCGGCAUGGAACGCGGACAAGGGAGCCAUCCCUGUGGACGAGGUGGAGAGGCGAGUCCACCAGUUCACUGCACAUGGUCACAUGGUGGUGAUAACCCGCCUGCCUCUCUUUGCUAGCAAGGCCUCUCUCUUCCCCCACUCCACCUUUGUCAUUGGAUACGACACUGCAGUUCGCUUGCUCGACGUGAGUUCUUCUCUAGUGUUAGUUGUUCAACGUUUUCUCACUGGUCACCCCGCUCCCUCCUCCCUGCCCUCUGCCCCCCACCAGCCAAAGUACUACGGCAACAGCCACAGCAGCAUGAUGGAUGUGCUGCACGCUAUUGCCCACACCGGCUCUGACUUCCUUGUCGCUGGCAGGCUCGUUGGCGCCACGUUUCAGGUGCGCCUGUCAUCUCCUCCUCCCAUGUGCUGCACGGGAUUGCCCACUCCCGCUGUGACUCCCUCGUUGCCGGCAGGCUCGUCGGUUCCUCCUUCCAGACCCUCCCUUUCCUCCCUCCCAACGCUACCUCCUCCUCUCCCCCAGUCAUCUGACAGUCUGGUCGUGCCGGAGUCCCUACGUGCCAUGUUCCGAGGCAUUCCCGAGGCGAGCUUCAGAGCAGACAUCUCCUCCACUGAAAUCCGCGCUCAACUCGCCGCACAGCAGGCUGCUGCUGCUGCUGCCGCCGCCGCCGCUGGUGCUGAUGCAGGUGCUUCUUGA